AUGGUAAUUUUAGUCAGACUUGGCCACUGUAAGGGAAGGACUGGCUGUAGGAUGCAGCUGACUGUCCUUGUGUUUGCUGUUUGGAUUUUUAUUUUCUUCUAUGCCUGUGUGGAUGGAUAUCCAAAUGGAAAAGUGAGACAAGCCUGCACUAGCAUGAUACCCUGUCAUGGUGGCUCUCCACAGCUCUUACCUGAGCACACCAUUACAGCAAAUGGGACUGAAUUUAAACCAGGGGACAGCAUAGAAGUUCACCUAUCUGGACCUGAUUUUGAAGGAUUUUUCAUACAAGCCCGAGAUGCAGAACACCUGGAUAGCCCCGCAGUUGGUUCUUUCAAGUUAGUUGACCGGAGACUUUCUCAGCUUUUGACAUGUGGCCGUACCAAGAAUUCAGCUGUCAGUCACACAAGUAAAGCAAAAAAGAAAUACGUAAAAGUUUAUUGGAUUGCUCCUGGAGACGCACCAAAACGUGUACAGUUUCUAGCCACAAUUGUGAAGAACUACAGGACUUACUGGGUGAAGAUUCCCGGUCCCAUUGUUUCUCAGCGUCUUGCACCAUUCCCAACAACAACCGUGCAUGCAACAUCGGAGGCUAUAUCAACUUCAUGCCCGGUUUCCUCCUUAUCGAAGCCAUUUAAUGCAUCAGGUUGUGGAAUUAUCAAGUUCUGCAUUAGGAAUCCUUCAAGAUGUGAUCCUGAAAGUGCUUCCUGUUUCUUUCUGUCCUUCAAACAUGAAAAGAGUUCAGUAUUUAUUGAAAUGAGUGGCCCAAGUGAAGGAUAUUUAGCAUUUGCCUUUUCCUAUGACCAGUGGAUGGGUGGUGAUGAUGCAUAUCUGUGCAUUAAUGAGGACCACCAUGUUCACGUAAGCACUGCCUAUCUGAAGGGGCGCAGUCCUCCUGUUCUGGAUUCAGAGAAUGCCCUUGAAGAUGUGUCAUGGAGGCUUGCGGAUGGUAUUCUUCAGUGUUCUUUCAGACGGAGUAUUCAUCUUCCUGCUCAUAAAGGGAGAUUUAAUUUGAAUGCCAGUUACUACAUCUUUCUGGCAGAUGGAGAAACUAGUCAAGGUGGACGAAUGUACAAACAUAGUCGUCAGCCUCUGGUCACCAACGGGAUGUACAAUGUCGCAGGCCUUCCUCAGGAUAUUGGAGGUUCCCGGUCUCCGCGACUUAUCAAGGCUCAUGGAGCACUAAUGUUUGUUGCUUGGAUUACCACAGUUAGUAUUGGAGUUAUUGUUGCACGAUUCUUCAAACCUCUCUGGUCUCAUUCAUUCCUGUUUGGAAAGGAGAUGUGGUUUCAGGUCCAUCGUAUGCUAAUGUUGACCACAGUCAUGCUUACAAGCAUUUCUUUUGUGUUGCCUUUUAUAUACCGAGGAGGCUGGAGCCAACAAGCAGGUUUUCAUCCUUAUCUCGGCAGUACGGUGAUGGCUCUGACCAUCUUUCAAGCACUUAUGGCAGGUUUCAGACCAUCUCGUCAUGCGCCAAGGAGGCAAUUGUUUAACUGGUUUCACUGGAGUACUGGUACAAUAGCUAGAAUUCUAGCCGUGGUGACUAUGUUCUUGGGAAUGGAUCUACCAGCACUUGACCUACCAGACCCAUGGGACACCUACACAAUGAUUGGUUUUGUAGCUUGGCAUGUUGGUAUUGAUGUUCUCCUGGAAAUACACAGCUACUGUCUCAUCCGUAAAGCUGAAGUGAUAGAGGAUGACAGAGUACAGAUAUUGCAGUCCCUCACAACUGCAGAAGCAGAGGGUCGUCUGUUUAAACAGAUUGUGCUAUCCAUCUAUGUCUGUGGAAAUGUGGUAUUCCUUAUUGCCUUCCUGACAGCAAUCAACCAAAUAUGA